AUGCCAGGCCUCAAAGAAGCUGGUCACGACACUAGUCACAAAAAAAGAAAACUCGACGAUGUCCCCGAAAUCGAAAUUGAUGUGUCCGCCCCCGAACCUCCCUCAAAGAAAGCUCUACGCAAAGCCAAAAAGAAGGGCAUCGAUCCUACUGAGACGACCGUUGUGAAUUCUGAAACCGAGGCAACAGAGAAUAAAACAAAGGACAGCAAAGAUGGAAAAGAUGGUAAAGGAGGAAAGCGAUCAGAGUAUGGUGUGUGGGUUGGAAAUAUGCCCUUCACAGCCACGAAAGAGGACGUCCGCAAAUUCUUCCUUGACGGCUGCACGUUUAGCGAAGCAACAAUCACACGAAUCCAUAUUCCAAUGGGACCGUCCAGAGGAUUUACUCCGCAAAACAAAGGGUUUGCUUAUGUCGACUUUGCCAAUAAGAAAGCAAUGGAGGAAGCCAUUGGAUUGAGCGAAAAGUUCAUUGCGGGUCGUCGUGUGUUGAUCAAAGGCUCGUCAAAUUUUGAAGGCAGACCUACGGAACAUCAACAAGCGGGCGGAGCGGCGAAAGCUGGAGCAGCUGCAACAAGUGCGCACCCACCUUCGCGACGGAUAUUCGUUGGUAAUCUCGGCUUCGAUGCUACGAAGGAAGCCGUUGAGGAACAUUUUUCGCCGUGUGGUAGUAUCACGAAUGUGCAUCUUGCUACGUUUGAAGAUUCCGGGAAGUGUAAAGGCUAUGGAUGGGUUGAGUUUGAGACUAUCGAAGCGGCUACACAUGCCGUAAACGGGUUUGUCAAGAUUACCGAGGAUGAUGAGGAGGAUGAAGAAAGCGACGAGUCAUCGUCAUGUGAGGACGACAAAUCUGAUGAGGAAGGCGAGAAGACAAAAGCAGAGAAGAAGAAAAGCAAGAAGAUCACAAAGAAACCAAGGAUGAAAAAAGUCUGGGUCAAUCGUCUCCUAGGCCGUCAACUAAGAAUGGAGUUUGCGGAAGAUGCAGCCACUCGAUACAAGAAGCGCUUUGGCAAGGAUAGUAAGAAAGAUGAUGGCGAGAAUGAAGGAGGACAACGCCGUGAUCGUCGUCCUAAGGAUGACUCUCGAUACUCACAGGAUACUGUGCAGAGACUUACUGGUGCCAUUGUUGAGGCUAAAGGAAAGAAGGUCACUUUUGAUUAA